GAGAAAAACAGUUAAGAAUGAGAAGAUGAAAACUGAUCAUGCAAUUGCUGUUCAUUGGGAGCCACCAUGCUUUUCUUGCCCCUUUCCACUUGUUAAAUGCAUGCAUAUUUCGUUAAUUCUCUUUAAUUUCUUCUUUACCAUGUUUUACUUAGCAGUAUAUGUACAGCAGCAAGGGUUUAGGAUUGCCGAGCAGCAAAAUCUAGCAGAUGAUCAAGCAAUUAUCAGCCUCUUAAUUAGUCUCGAUCUCGUCUCUUCAUUCUUAAUUUGCCCACUAUUAUCCUGGACGUCAUACAAUGGGGAGACCUCCCUGCUGUGAUAAGUCCAACGUGAAGAGGGGCCUUUGGACGCCCGAGGAAGAUGCCAAGAUACUCGCUUAUGUUUCCAAUCAUGGCAUUGGUAACUGGACUUCGGUCCCCAAGAAAGCUGGACUGAACAGAUGCGGGAAGAGCUGCAGGCUAAGAUGGACUAAUUACCUGAGGCCUGACCUUAAACAUGAGAGAUUCGCUCCCGAGGAGGAAGAGCUUAUUAUUAAGCUGCAUAAAGCGAUAGGUAGCAGGUGGUCUCUGAUUGCAAAGAAACUGCCUGGAAGAACAGACAAUGAUGUGAAGAACUAUUGGAACACUAAGCUCAGGAAGAUGCUUCAGAAGAUGGGGAUUGAUCCUGUGACUCACAAACCUUUUUCACAGAUUUUCUCUGACUUUGGAAACAUCAGUGGCAUUUCAAACACUGGAAACCUCAAUAAAUCCUUAAACACCAGUUUGAUGUCCGAACCUGAUCAUCAAUUCUCUUCUGCCAUCUUAACCACCCCUGAGCAUUCAUGUUUCAAGAUAACCAUGGAAGAGCAAGUGCAGGAAUACAAUCCUACUGUUACUCACCCCACUUCAUGGGACUUUCUGGCUCAGUUUCCAGUCCAUGACACCAAACAGUUACCACUUUUCUUCAAUGAGGUCAGCUCUUCCUGCCCAUCAUCAACACCAUCUUCAUCUUCUACCAGCACUUUCACACAGUCCUAUUCCUGCCAAAAAUCUCAGGCUCCAUUGAUCACACCCACUUGUACCUUUACGUGGACUGAAUUUCUCCUCAGCGAUCCUGUUUCCUCCACUGAAUUUCAGCAUCAACAAGAGCAAUAUGACUUUGAUGAGAUGUUGUCACCAACCAACUCUUCAACUAUGGCAAUGGCAAAGAAUGAUGUAUCAUCUUGCAACAUAACUAGUACUGGAAGCGAUGAUGAUUGGUACUUGAACCGAUCGGUUGGGCGGUCGACAUAUGAUCAUGGAACUGUCAAUAAUGGACUCGAAGAGAACAACAAUGCUGCCGAUCAUGCAGCCUAUUAUUCGUCAUCUGCAAGUUCAUUUGUCGAUGGCAUCUUGGACAAAGACAGAGAGCUGCAUUCACAAUUUCCUCCACUUUUGGAUCCCUCUUUUGAUUGUUACUAAUUCAGAAGCUUGACAGCCAAUUUGGAGCUUAAAGCAAAAUGUUAAUGGAGCCUGCGUCAAUUCUAUUUCAUGUAAUACAGAGCUACAAACUAAGCUAUAGAGUGGGUUUUUUUCCCAGUUAGAGACCAUUUUCAUUAAUCAUCAUCAUG